CGGAGAGACGAGAGGUGGAGAGCCAGGGCUAGAGGAGGAGCGGGCCGGAGGAAACGGCGGGAGGCCGGCUUUCCGCAUUCACAGUGUCCGCAGGGCCUCAGCGAUCGCCGGCGAAGGGGGUAGGGGGCCCCUUCCCGGUCCCUGCACCAUGAGCUGGGGCACCGAGCUUUGGGAUCAGUUUGACAACUUAGAAAAACACACCCAGUGGGGAAUCGAUAUUCUUGAAAAGUACAUCAAGUUUGUGAAGGAGAGAACUGAGAUUGAGCUCAGCUAUGCCAAGCAGCUCAGGAAUCUUUCAAAGAAAUACCAACCCAAGAAGAACUCGAAGGAAGAAGAAGAAUACAAGUACACAGCAUGUAAAGCGUUUCUUUCCACCCUGAAUGAGAUGAACGACUAUGCCGGCCAGCAUGAGGUCAUCUCUGAGAACAUGACGUCACAGAUCACGGUGGACCUGAUGCGCUAUGUGCAGGAGCUGAAGCAGGAGAGGAAAUCGAACUUCCACGAUGGACGGAAGGCCCAGCAGCACAUUGAGACGUGCUGGAAGCAGCUGGAGUCGAGUAAGAGGCGUUUCGAACGGGACUGCAAGGAGGCUGACCGCGCGCAGCAGUACUUCGAGAAGAUGGACGCUGACAUCAACGUGACCAAGGCCGACGUGGAAAAGGCACGGCAGCAAGCCCAGUUACGUCACCAAAUGGCAGAGGACAGCAAAGCUGAUUACUCCUCAAUCCUGCAGAGAUUCAACCAGGAGCAGUGGGAAUACUACCAUACCCACAUCCCCAACAUCUUCCAGAAAAUACAAGAGAUGGAGGAAAGGCGGAUCGUGCGCAUUGGAGAGUCCAUGAAGACCUACGCGGAGGUGGACCGGCAGGUGAUACCCAUCAUCGGGAAAUGCUUGGAUGGUAUAGUGAAGGCGGCUGAGUCUAUCGACCAGAAAAAUGACUCCCAGCUGGUCGUGGAAGCCUACAAGUCAGGGUUCGAGCCUCCUGGAGACAUUGAGUUCGAAGACUACACGCAGCCGAUGAAACGCACGGUAUCAGAGAAUAGCCUUUCAAGCUCCAAAGAAGGCAAGGCCGAGCUCAAGUUCGGCGGCAAAUCCAGAGGCAAGCUGUGGCCGUUCAUCAAGAAAAACAAGCUUAUGUCCCUUUUAACAUCCCCCCAUCAGCCUCCCCCUCCUCCCCCUGCCUCUGCCUCACCCUCUGCUGUUCCCAACGGCCCCCAGUCUCCCAAGCAGCAAAAGGAACCCCUCUCCCACCGCUUCAACGAGUUCAUGACCUCCAAACCCAAAAUCCACUGCUUCCGGAGCCUAAAGCGUGGGCUUUCUCUCAAGCUGGGUGCCACACCAGAAGACUUCAGCAACCUCCCGCCUGAGCAGAGAAGAAAAAAGCUGCAGCAGAAAGUUGAUGAUCUCAAUAAAGAGAUCCAAAAGGAGAUGGAUCAGAGGGACGCCAUCACCAAAAUGAAAGAUGUGUACCUAAAGAACCCUCAGAUGGGAGACCCGGCCAGCUUGGACCACAAACUCGCUGAGGCCACCCAGAACAUAGAGAAACUGCGGCUGGAGACACAUAAGUUUGAGGCCUGGCUGGCUGAGGUGGAGGGCAGACUCCCAGCACGGAGUGAGCAGGCGCGCCGGCAGAGUGGAAUGUAUGACGGUCAGACACACCAGACAGUCACUAACUGCGCCCAGGACCGGGAAAGCAGCCCAGAUGGGAGUUACACGGAGGAGCAAAGUCAGGAGAGCGAGCUCAAGGUGCUGGCCGCGGAUUUCGAUGAUGAAUUUGAUGAUGAGGAGCCACUUCCUGCCAUAGGGACCUGCAAGGCCCUCUACACAUUUGAAGGUCAGAAUGAAGGCACCAUUUCCGUGGUGGAAGGGGAGAUGCUGAGCGUCAUCGAGGAGGACAAGGGUGAUGGGUGGACUCGCAUCCGCAGAAGCGAAGAUGAGGAGGGCUACGUCCCUACCUCCUACGUCGAAGUCUAUUUAGACAAAAACGCCAAAGGUGCUAAGACUUAUAUUUAAUCCACUUAAGACAAAACAAAAACCUUUAAAAGCAUUGGAGUUGUCUCUCCCCACCACUUUGGCUGUUACAGGCCUUCAAGAGGCCGGCACAGAGCAAGUGAUGCAGACACUCGGGGAACUGGGGGCAUCUCGUGCCUGAGUUUGUCCAACGUGGCCAUGUGCAGAGCUGCCACUGGCCUGCUUACAACUGUGUCCUUUGAAAUCCGAUCAGUGUUUCCAUCCUUUCAACAAAAUGUGUAGAUUUUUUAAAUGUAUAGUGGUGGUUCGUGCCUAUAAUCCCAGUGCUCAGGGGGCCGAGUCAGGAGCAUCCCAUCAUGCCUAUAAUCCCAGUGCUCAGGGGGCCGAGUCAGGAGCAUCCCACUGAGUGUCAGGUUAGCCUGGGCUACAGAGUAAGACUCAGUAAAUAAAUAAAUAAAUAAAUAAAUAAAUAAAUAAAUAAAUAAAUAAAUAAAUAAAUAAAUAAAUGUUACAUUUGUUACUUCAUCAGGGGAACUGAGUAACACCUAAAGUCUUUGACUAAAGACUGUAACAUUCUCUUGGUGCCCACGCUGAGUGCCCUUACAGUUGCUGCUCAGGUCCCCUGUGUUAGCCUUUAAUUGUCUGAGUGUCCCAAACAACCAAGAGAUGUCCAGAAAUGUGUGCUCCUUGAGUGAUUUAACUUUGACUGACAUUAUCAUCUUCUGGGCCUGGGCCAAUGGUAGGGUGUCUUCAAGCUGUUGAGACAGGCUUCUGCAGCAGCUAAGUGCCCAACACCCCUGUGGGUGUGAUUUUCUAUUCCUGUCAGAGGGUUUGCUGUGAGCAGAACCUGGUGUACCAGCCACUGCACAAAAUGGCACCUGCAUGUCCCUUUUUAAGGGGAAGACUUUCAUUUUCUUUUUGAUCUAUAAGAGCCAAUGUUUGAAAUACUAGACACUGUUUUUGGGGUUCUGGCACAUUUGAUCCAGCUAACUACAGCCAGAAUAAAAUAAAUGGUCUCGUGUUUUAAGGGAA